AUGAGGAAAGAAGUUUGCACCGUUGUUUUUCUCCGAGCCGUCUUCACCGAGUUCUUGGCAACCAUGAUUUUUGUGUUCUUUGGUUUGGGCUCAGCCCUGAAGUGGCCAUCAGCCUUGCCAACUGUCCUUCAGAUUUCCCUGGCAUUUGGCUUGGCAAUUGGCACAAUGGUGCAGACCUUUGGUCAUAUCAGCGGUGGCCAUAUCAACCCAGCGGUGACCAUCGCCUUCUUUGUUGGGAACCAGAUCUCUUUCCUCCGGAUGAUGUUUUACAUUGUGGCACAGCUGCUGGGGGCCAUUGCCGGUGCAGGCAUCCUUUACGGAGUGACUCCCACCAAUACCCGUGGUAAUCUGGCAGCCAAUGGGCUUAGCAACAACACAACAGCAGGUCAGGCUGUGGUCGUGGAGAUUAUCUUGACUUUCCAGCUUGUCUUGUGCAUUUUUGCCUCAACUGACAACCGCCGAAAUGGCAACGUGGGAUCCCCAUCUCUGUCCAUUGGAUUGUCAGUCACCCUGGGCCAUCUGGUGGGGAUCUAUUUCACUGGCUGCUCUAUGAAUCCUGCCAGAUCUUUUGGACCAGCGGUUGUCAUGAAAAGGUUUACCUCUGCUCAUUGGGUGUUCUGGGUUGGACCCAUUUCUGGAGCCAUUCUAGCUUCUCUGUUGUACAACUACCUGCUACUUCCUCACUCAAUGAAUAUGUCUGAAAGAGUGGCCAUCAUCAAAGGUACUUACGAGUCAGAAGAAGAAUGGGAAGAGAAAGAGAAAAGCAUGGAAAUGUCUUCUCCAUAAACAAAAAUAAUCAGAAGGAGAAAGAGAGAAGGAACCUGAUGGCUUGCAUGACGAUAAACACUCACUGUAAGCCCAAGAAACUUCCCCCAGUGUCCAGGACCUGAAGAGGGAAUGGAAACAACUUACUUGCCUAAAUAACCGCCUUGAACCCACAGCUGUAUGUAUCUGAGCGCAUGAGAAAAUGUGGCUCAUUGAAACAGCAAAAUCAGACAAGGACAGUACCUUCACCUCCUGGGGUUGCAAAAAUCUGGAUGUGCUCCAGGAUUGUUCUAUCCACAUUUCUUCUUCUUC